UGGUGAAGUUUGAGAGCAAAAGCAGCGCCAGACACAGGUCACGUGGAUGCCAAUCACCACGGCGAUUGUUCAAUGUUGACGUUUGCCCUGUGUUUUUGCCCAAUUCCAAACCUUAUCACAGCUCCAAAUUCCAUAAAUUCCAAAUCUCCUUCACCAGGUGCAAGACAAGCUCGAUACUGUCUUGUUUCCUCCGGUUAACGUCUCUUCCACAAUACUUGCAUCAAGCUUUGUUUAUUCGUGGUGUUGCGUCUGCCGACUUCCUGCAUUCUACCAAACUCCCGCAACUACAAACAGAUACCUAAACCACCAGCGACUCCCUCGUCUUUUGAUCCGGUUUAUUAAUUUUUGCGACACUAUUUCUGACCCCAUAAGAGCGUAGGGAAGCAAAUUUGGCGACGAGUGUUGCGAUUACAGCCUCGCAAAAUGGCUGAUCAAGAAGAGGACUUUAGUUCCUUGCCUUUACCAGAUAGAUUUGCUCAUAAGAAUUGGAAAGUGAGAAAAGGAGGAUAUGAAGAUGCUACAAAACAAUUCGAGGUUUCACCGGACGAAUCAGAUCCCGUAUUUCGACCGUUCCUACAAGACCCGGGAUUGUGGAAGGGUGCUGUCGCCGAUUCGAACGUAGCAGCACAGCAAGAAGGUCUAAAUGCGUACUGCGCCUUUCUAAAAUAUUCAGGUGUUCAAGGAUGCACGAGGACUCGGGGAACGACGAUUGCCGCCAUUGCGGAAAAGGGCUUACCAUCAACCCGACCUGCAGCGAAGGCCAGCGCACUAGAGGCUAUUCUACUUUGCAUAGAACUAGAUAGACCUGAACCCGUUAUUGAGGAUCUCGUGGCGGCGCUCUCACAUAAACUCCCCAAGGUCAUUGCACCGGCCCUCGCCGCAUUGACAGCCGCAUUUCACAAUUACGGCUGCAAAGUUAUUGAGCCAAAACUGGUGUUAAAAACGCUACCAAAAGUUUUCGGCCAUGCGGAUAAGAAUGUUCGAGCAGAAGCGACAAAUCUCACUGCAGAACUGUACAGAUGGCUCAAAGAUGCUAUGAAGCCGCUAUUCUGGGGAGAAUUAAAACCCGUGCAACAACAAGAUUUGGAAAAAUUAUUCGAAGCCAUCAAACAGGAGCCUGCACCAAAACAAGAGCGAUUUACGCGAGCACAGCAAGAAGCGAUGGCAGCAGCCAGUAGUCAGGCUGGCGGGGACGGAGAUGGCGCUGCAGCAGAUGGGGGCGAAGACGACGGUGAUGCAGAGAUUGAUGUUUUCGAUCUUGCAGAACCCGUCGACGUUUUAUCUCAGGCGCCAAAGGACUUACACGAGAAAUUAGCGUCGACGAAAUGGAAGGAUCGUAAAGAAGCCCUCGACGCACUCUUUGCCGCAGCGAAUGUCCCUAGGAUCAAAGACGGGCAGUUUGACGAAAUGAUGCGUGCGCUGGCAAAAUGCAUGAAGGACGCAAAUGUAGCUGUUGUCACCGUGGCCGCCAAUACCAUCGAAGUUCUUGCCAAAGGCUUACGCAAGAGCUUCUCUAAGUACAAGCCUGUUAUUCUGGCUCCCAUUAUGGAACGGCUAAAGGAGAAAAAACAGUCGGUUGCUGAUGCGCUGGGCCACGCCUUGGAUGCAGUCUUUGCCGCUACAAGCCUUUCAGAUUGUCUCGAAGAUGUGUUAGAAUUUCUUAAGCACAAAAAUCCACAAGUCAAACAGGAAACUCUGAAGUUUUUGAUUCGAUGUUUGAGAACAACUAGGGAGGUUCCCUCGAAACCAGAAACAAAGUCGAUAGCAGACGCUGCUACAAAGCUGCUGACAGAAUCUAGCGAAGCUACUCGAUCCGGCGGUGCCGAGAUUCUAGGAACCUUGAUGAAGAUCAUAGGUGAAAGGGCGAUGAAUCCCUAUUUGGAUGGAUUGGACGAUAUUCGGAAAGCAAAGAUAAAGGAAUUUUUUGAUACGGCAGAAGUUAAAGCUAAAGAACGUCCCAAGCCUAUCGUUGGACCUCCCAAAGGUCUGGUGGUUCCGGGAGGAGCAAAGAAGCCCAUUGCCAAAAGGCCGGCAGCUGCAGUUAAGAAACCAGCACCCGCUCCGGCGGCCCCUGACGAACCUACACCAGCACCACCUACCGCCAAGAAGGCGAUACCAUCCAAACUCGGCCUUCCUAAGGCUGGGGGUGCGGCCACGCCUGGAUCAGGGCUUAAGCUUCAAAGAAAGCUAGCUGGACCGGGAGGUGCGCCUGCAUCUCCGCGAAGGGUAGUCUCACCACCUUUUGAGGAAAACCCAGCUCCUACUGCCCCUGCCGCUGCCCCUACAGGUUCUAAAUUCGGCAUGGGUAAUCGUGGGUUGGCUGGGCGUUCUCUGGGGAGACCAGCACCUCCAAGUUCUGAGCCUGCAGCUCCGCCUCCUACUUCCAUAAGCUCUGGGAUGGCGGCAAUUGAGCGGGCCGAAUUAGAAGAGCUUCGCCUUGAGAAAGAGAGAUACUCACGGAUGGUAGAAAAUUUGCAAUCUGAGCGAACGAAGCUUCUAUCUGAAAUAAACGAACUUCAAAAUCAAAACGCACAGCUGAUUGAAGAUCACACGAGAGAUGUGCUGAGUGUCAAAGCCAAAGAAACUCAACUGGUUCGAGCCAGGAGCGAUGCAGAAGCGGCAGAACAAAAUGUCCAGAAACAGCAGAGAGAAAUUGAGCGGUUGAAGCGGGAGCUGGCUCGGGCUGUGCGCGCCAGCGCAGUUAGCCCCCCAGCUACGAUUCCUGAUAUGGGCCUGAAUAUGGGCAUCACAGAUGGCGGAAUAUAUCAGGACAGCGCAAACAAUAAUCACAACAACAUGAACGGUCCACCAUCUCGCUCUGCUCUUCAUUUCGGCUCACGGUUCGAAAGCGCACGGCCUAGAAGCUUCAUGUCCGCCAGCCCCAGCGAGGAGAAAGAGAACAAUAACGGUCUCGAAUCCCCAGGUCUUAGCGGUGCAGGUGGGUACGCGGGGCGGAGGAAAAUCAGUCCACCCGUUGGCUCAUCGUACUCUUCAGGUAGAGGAAGUCCGGCGAGGAUGUCUGCUGGUGGUCGAACGGGGUCCAGCGGGGAUGGCCUGCCCGCGUCCACAUCUACUUCACAGGGUGGCGGUGAACCCGCGGAGAAUUGGAAGCGGGCUGCUGAAGUUACUAGCCAGCUGAAAGCGAGGAUUGAACAAAUGAAGGCACGGCAAGGUCUUUCUCGGCCUGCACCUUCUUAGUCCACUCCCAUAACCCCACUCACUCCCCGUCAUUCUGAGGAGUUGAGAACGCAUUUCGCCAGUGGAUUGUUUAACUUUAUAUAAUACCCCCUUCUCCUGCCAACACCACACCACUUUUUCGUGUCUGAUGAUUGUCCCUUUUUCAUUUCAGCCACCUUCUGCGCGGUUUGCUUCGUUAUACUGUUUCCAUGUCCCUUUCGUGGACAUUUUGUCAAUACUCAAUACCCCAAAUAAAAUCAACUUCGAACCCUCCUGGAUUUUAUAAUUCUCUUAUUCUUUCUACUUAUUUUUUCUACUUAUUUUUCUUUCGUUUUCCCUUUUCCCUUUUCCCUUUCUAUAUCUUUUCUUUUAUUGUCGCUAUUCUCUUUUCGGCUCGGUAGCUACGCAGGAAUUUUGAAGGUAGACAGGCGUAUGAAAAGGAGGGAGGGUGACAACAAACAACAGGGAAUCAAAAAUGAUUUUUAUCUAUAAUACAAAACCCACCCCACACUCACCUCACCCACCCACUUUCUCACUUAUACACACUCACUUUUGUUUACAGAUUGGACGUGUCUGAAUUUUUUUUAAUUUCUUUCCGGGAGGUCGGUCGGCCAUCCUUGCCUUGAUUUUUAUUGAUUUGUUGAUUCUCCUUCCAUAUCACUCUUGUUUCUUCUCUUUAAAAAUCUUUUCUCAUUAGGGCAGCCUUUCUUUCUCACCGGUCUCUACUCACCCCCCCCACUCUUUUCCUUCCAGCUAGAUCAACCGCGCUUUAACCACUGUUUAUAUACUCCUGGCUCCUCUUUUUAUUUUUCCUUUUAAUUAUUACAUAUCUUAUCUAAUUUGAAUGAUGCAAUGCAUCAAUGCACUAAGCACUGUUCUACUCUCCCCCCCCCACAGUUCCCCGCCCAUUUCCCCCUCUUCGGCGACACCAGAGCCCUGUUCGCUUGUGUUACAAGAUAUCAUUAAGUCGUAUUUAUGAUUAUUCUUACGAUAAUAUUUAUUAUUUCUUUUUACAAUUUGCUGAUGUGAGAUAAGGAGCGGGGAGUAGGGCCGCGGGGGAGGAGGUGAUGUAUGGAUAUAGAUUGAUAAUAAUAAGGUACAGUACAAGGAUGUGCAGCGUGGAAAAGCUGGAUUUUGUAUAUUUUUCUUGUAGAUUUCUUUUUGAUUUUGAUAUUGAUUGACACAUUUUAUAUUGCUACACGCUAUCUUGGAGUGAUGGAAACGGCUUAGGGUUUUCUUUCAACUCUUGCUUGUCUGGUGAGUGGUGGCUAGGAGAGAGAGAACAUGGCAGGGUGAGUGAGUACCCAUGCUACAGAGGUGUGUUCGGGAGAGCAGGCAAC